GAUGUGAUAAGUAUAAGAAUGGGGAAUAAGUCACCAAACAAAACUAAUGGGGACCGGAAACAAUAAAAUACUACACAGUCACUACAGUAUCAGUUACAUUUUUACUUGGAGACAGUGCUGCUGGACUCUGACUUCAAAUAUGAACAUGCGAGUCACCGUAAGCUUAAAGAUGAACCCCUGAUUUAUGGUCUUAAGUUGUCGGACACCAGAACCCUGAUUGACACCCCCACUAUCAUCGUCACUGGUUGGUCAAAUAACACUAAUGUUAUUCCCAGAAUGUGUGAUAUUUUUUGUUUUAUUCAAGUUAUGAUACUUUGGGAAGUAAAACGAAGAAUCUAUUUCUUAUAGCCUCAUUGACUAAUAUUGAACUUUACUUAGUCACGUGACUUCCCAGAAGUUGAAAAUACAGCUGCAUUCAAAUGUUAGUGUGCUAUUCCUCUGGACUGAACAAGGCAUUGGUGAACUGUGGAAAUAUCACAAUGGGAUUUGUGGUUAUAAUGUCGUUUGGGAUCGUUAUGCUUGCAGCCUUGACAAAUCCAGCUAAGAGUCUACAAUGCUAUCAAUGUGUGGAUGUAGCUGGUAGUUCAGAUCUGAUUUCAUCUACAGGCCACUCUGACCCCAGUUGUAGGAAUGCCCCUACCUCUUCAGCUGAGUGCCAGUCUGGUCAAGUCUGUGGCUAUUCUAUGGGAUCUAUACAGGGACACUUGAUUGAGAUGACAGCUGAGGUUAAUGCCGUCAUCAGAGGAUGUAUGCCACUACUAGACAGUGACACCACCAUGGGGUGCCAUAAGAAUGAGGAAGCCAGUGGUGUCAUCAGCAAGGUGCUUUCCUCCCUUAGUGACCUCGGGGAUGUGCAUGUUGAUGGAGAAGUCUGUUACUGUGACACUGAUUUUUGUCAACCUGAGUGUGAUGGCCUGUAUGUUGGUGAAAUGUGUGUCCAAAAGUGGGUGUUCAUCGUAGCAGGUAUUGGGUUGCUGUUGGUUAUUAUACUUGUAUGUACAUGCUGCUGUUGUUGCGGCUGCUGUGGCUGUUGCCAAUGCUGUAGUUGCUGCAAGAGACGUAAUGAUGGCUACAUGGUCCAGCCACUUAUAAUCACAGGUCCCACUGAGAGAGUAGAGGAUAGCAAUGAAGUGAUAUAGCAGGGUAGUUAUAUCUUGAAACACUUAGGGAUUCACCUAGUGGUAGC